AUGCCCUCCCUCCCUUUCGCAGACCGCAUGUCCUCCGCGGCCAACAUGCGAGGCAACAGUGACGUCGACGAGGGAGAGUCGCUUCUCGGUCGAGGCCGGGACAAGGCACGCCGCUUCUGGGACGGCUUCAUCGAUUUCGCUUUGCAAGGCAACAUCCUUGAGAUCGCCUUUGGUCUGAUUAUUGCCGCCUCCUUCACCACCCUCGUCAACAGCUUCGUGCAGAACAUUAUCAUGCCCCCCAUUUCCGUCAUCUUCCCGCUCAACCGCAACAUGGAGCAGAAGUUCGCCGUCCUUCGAGGUGGGCCCAACUACAACCACGAUAACAAGUACACGACCCUCGAGCGCGCCAAGGACGACGGUGCCGUCGUCCUCGCCUAUGGCUCUUUUCUUAACCAACUCGUCUCCUUCCUCUGCGUCGGCAUCUCCCUCUACGGUCUGGCCCACGUCUUCCAGUUCUUCUCCCCAGAACCGAUUAUUAAGCAUACUGUUAAGUGCAAGUACUGCCGCAAGCGAAUUAGCAAUAAGGCGCAACGCUGCGUCAACUGCACCAGCUGGCAAGAUGGCCGCGAAGACCGGGCUCACCGUUAG